AUGACUUCAUUUAUAUCUCUCAGCAAUUGUUUGUUGGAAUUAUCACCGUGGUUUUUCAAUCAAUCCAACAAAAAGAGGAAGUUGAAGCAAUCGUGUUCCAGAAAGUUGGAUGCACCAAAUCUUAAGAAAGUUAAAGUGGUAGAGAAUGAAGCCAUUCUCAUGGAUUUAAAGGAUGGAGAGACUCUUUUUGAGGCAUUCAAUUCUAUUAUUGGUACAGAGAUAAGAGACAAAAAGAGUUGUCUGGAUAUUAAGAAUUUUGCAAUAAUGGCCAUCCAAGAAAUUGUCAAUUCAAUUCUGGGAACAAUUGCAGAGAAGUGUGUCGAUCCAAUUUGGCAUCAAUUUCAGUACUUACUUUUCUACAAAAGCAACGUUCAAACUCUGAGCGAUGACAUCAAAAAACUUGAACUAAAGGAAACUGAGGUGCAACAAAAGGUAGAUCGAGCAAAAGACAAUGCUGAAGAUAUUAAACCAACUGUUGUUGAUUGGCUGAAACGAGUUGAGGAUGUCAAGAAAGAUGCACAUACUAUUUUUGAGGGUAUGGAGACUGCUAAGGUGAAUUGCUUUAAUAUUGUUAGGCUUCCGAAUUUGAAGUCACGGUAUUUGCUAGGCCGACGUGCGGCGAAAAGAAUGAGUGUUCUUGAAAAGCUUUUAGCAGAGGGGAAUUUUGAUGAAGUUGGAAGCAUUGCUCCAUUAGGCAAAAUGCGUUUUAGUGAAUCAACCCCAUCCUCAGAGGAAGGCUUAGUUUCUAGGAUGUCAACAAAGAAGGAAGUGAUGGAAGCUUUAAAUCAGGAGAAAACAAGCCUAGUGGCGAUUUGUGGUAUGGCCGGCGUAGGCAAGACUACUUUGGUGAACCAAAUAGCCGAUCAGGUUAAGUUUGAGAAAUUGUUUGAUGACGUGGCUACGGUGUCUCAAUCUCCAGACAUGAGGAAUGUCCAAAAUCAACUUGCUGAGCAGUUAGGGCUGACAAUAUCUGAGCAAACUAAUUGUUUAAGAGCUGAAAGAAUGUAUAAGAGACUAACCAAUAGUGAUAAAAGAACUCUUGUUAUAUUGGAUGACAUUUGGAAAGAAGUUGAAUUUUAGAUUCUGGGAAUUCCCGUCAAAGGUGAAUGCAAGAGCUUAAAAGUAAUAUUGACAUCUCGGCUCUCUGAUGUGUGUAGUAUUAUGGGAGCUGAAAUUAUUGUGGUCAAUAUGUUGCCUGAGGAAGAAGCAUGCAAGCUUUUUAAAGAGAAGGCGGGAAUUUCUGAUGAUUUCAUUUUGAAUGAUGUUGCGAAACAGGUUGAAGGGGAAUGCAAAGGUUUACCUCUUGCAAUCGUUGUUGUUGCUAGGGCAUUAAGGAGCAAUCAUACACUAGAAUCCUGGAAUCGUGCCCUUCGACAACUAAGAAAGGACAGAAUGGGAAACCUAAAAGGAGUUCAAGAUUUGGUGUUUUCACGAAUUGAAUUGAGCUAUAAUCAUUUGGAAACUGCUGAAGCUAAGUACCUACUUUUGCUUUGUAGUUUGUUUCCAGAGGAUCAUAGUAUUCCAAUCGAAGACUUGGUUAGGUAUGGACAAGGGCUGCAGCUGUUCCAAGAUACGGAGGCAUUGAGAGAUGCAAGAGACAAAGUAGACAUGCUGGUUGAUGAGUUAGAAAGCUCCUAUUUGUUGCUAAAUGAUGGUGAAAAAGAAGACUAUGUAAAAUUACAUGAUGUCGUGCGAGAGGUUUGCUUGUCAAUUGCAUCAAAAGCGGAGCAUGAAUUUUUAGUGAGCAAUGCUGGAGUGGGAGAAAAGAAUUCUUACACGGCAAUUUCACUAAUAUCGCAAGAUUCCAAUCAUAAUCUACUUCCAUUUUGCAAGGUAUAUCCAAGGCUUAUGCUAUUGCGUUUGGUAUUCCAAUUCGAUUGGCCAUUCGAAUUAGGGAAAUUGGACCUGCUUAUUAGGAAUGGAAGCUCUCAAGGUCAUGGAUUUAAACUUCUUCCAUAUAGAAUUUGCAGUAUCAUGGCCUGGCCAAAUGUUAAGGAGCCUUCGGACACUGUGCCUGGAUAGUUGUUACUUGGGUGCUGGAAUGUCGUCAAUGCUUGGACAGAUGAUGCAAUUGGAAACUUUGAGCCUCUUUGCAUCCGAAAUUCAGGAUGAUCGGUUUCCAGCUGAAAUUACUUGGCCGAGCAAUUUAAAGUUGUUGGAUUUGAGGGUUGAAAGUAGCCUCCACCCCUUGCCUGUUGGUAUCUUGUCGAGCUUGAAGAAACUAGAAGAAUUGUAUUUGGGGUUUCAUUGUCAGUUGCAGCUAGGGAGAGAUAAAGAAGAGGAAAGAGGAUGCCUUAAAGAAAUCUCAUCAAUCUCUAACCUCACAUGUCUCCAAAUUGAUUUAUGUGACCUUAACCUCCUACUUCUACUAUUGCAGGAAUUUGAUACUCAGAAACUGUCAGGAUUUCAUAUUGUAGUAGGUAAGUAUGGAAGAAAAUCGUCAGAUCUCAGCAGAAACUACCAAUUUCAGAAUAGCUUCGAACCUUAUUUCUCUCAUGAUGAACCAUUGGAUGAUUUGUCUAGCGCUGAAACAUUGAAACAAAUGUUUGAUCCUAAAGUUACUAGCAUUAUCAAGAGAGCUGAGAAUCUCACUUUGGAUCUUUCUGGAUCAUCAUGCUUGAGAAAUAUUGUGCCUCACUUGGGUGGAAAUGGAUUUAUCUACUUGAAAAAGCUUGAUCUGAUCAAAGGACAAUAUGAAUGUCUCAUUGAUUCUGCCGCCAAUCCUAUUGCUCGACAUGUUUUUGAAAAUUUGGUGUCCAUGAAGUUAAGAGAUCUGAAGUUGAACAAAAUAUGGUAUGGAUUUCUUCCACCUUGGUGCUUCAGUCAACUCCAAGAGGUGGAACUUAAUUAUGUAAGUGCUUUGGAGUUUUUGUGGAAGGGGCCAAUCGAACCUCCAUCAUUUUGCAACCUCAAAUCUAUUGAGGUAAGAAACUGUGCUCAAAUUACAACUCUCUUCUCACAAUCAACAAUGAAAUGUCUAAUGAAACUCUAGAAGUUAGUAGCUUAUGACUGUAAAAAUUUGGAGAGCAUUGUUUUGAGGGAGGAAAGUUUGAAAGAGGAGGUACUUGAGCUACCCCAACUCAAAGUCUUGACACUUUAGUGGACAAACUUGAUGGGCUUCGGCUCCAAAGAUAAUAAAGCCGGGGUUUUUUUUUACCAGUGUGGCUACCAUGCUCAUAAGUCUUGAGGAACUGAAAGUUCGUAGGUGCUCGAAAAUGUGCGGAGUUAUAGGUGAGGAAGAUGAAGAGGUCAGCCAAGAAGAUAAUGCUCAGCAACAUGAUGCUGGAAAACAUGGAGAAAUUGCACAGGAAAGAAUCAGCAAGGAGUUCGUGUUUCCUAAAUUAAACUCUUUGUGGUUGGAAGAUCUUGAGAAUCUUCGAAGCUUUGGUGGUAGUCACCGGGAGGAUUAUGAGUUUAAAUUUCCCCUACUCUCUAAAUUGUUCAUAAUGAGUUGCCCAAAGUUGAAGAAAUUGUGUUCCGGAAAUUUGGAUGCACCAUUGCUUAAGGAAGUCCAAACAACGCCAAGAGAUAUAGAGAAUUUUGAAGCUCCUGUGGAUUUAAAGGAGUCAUCAAGUUGAUCGAGUAAUAUGGAUCCGGUUACUACGAUCUUGGCUGGCGGACAAGGCUCUCGGAUAGGGAUGGAGAUCUUAGUUGGGUUAAUACAAUAAGUGUGGAACUUAUGUAAGCAUUAUGUUUUGGCAUUGAUUUUCAAAUAAUAAAUGUAUUAUAUGUAUUGUAUUAUGGCCUUGCACAAUAUAUGCAUUGUGUGUAUUGUAUCAUGACUUUCAAACGAUAAAUGUAUUGUAUGUGUUAUAUCAUGGAUUUUAGCUAUAAAUAAUGAAAGCUUUUCUUAUGGAUUUAAAAGUAUAGAUAUCC